AUACUGCAGUGCUCAUAACAUCGCACAUAAUUUGCGCACACCCGCAAUCCAGCCGUUAUCAACCCCAUUUGGACGGUGUCGACAAUCUCGCUCUACCCCUCUCUCUCCCCUCGAGACAAAGAGAAGGGGUCUCUCUCUCUCUCUCUCUCUCUCUCAGAUUUUCUUAUUCCAUGAUCUAAUCACUUUUCCAUGAUCUAAUCACUCAACCCUCCCUAUACAAAUCGAAACGAGUUCGUACAGCUACCCGCAUUCCCUGCAGGAGAUCUGAAACCGAGCGAUCCAGAUCGUCCCCGAAUCCAAUCGGACGAUCGAUCCCGACCGUCGGACAAUGGCGGCAUCGUCGCGGCGCCUCCGCGAGCUCCAAUCCCAGCCCUCCAACAAGACCUGCGUCGACUGCUCCCAGAAGAACCCCCAGUGGGCCUCGGUCUCCUACGGCGUGUUCAUGUGCCUCGAGUGCUCCGGCAAGCACCGCGGCCUCGGCGUCCACAUCAGCUUCGUCCGGUCCGUCACCAUGGACUCCUGGUCCGAGAUCCAGCUCAAGAAAAUGGAGUCCGGCGGCAACGACGCCCUCAACACUUUCCUCGCCCGAUACGGGAUCCCAAAGGACACCGAAAUCGUCAAGAAAUACAACACCGACGCAGCCGCGGUCUACCGCGACCGGAUCCAAGCCCUAGCCGAGGGCAAACCCUGGCGGGACCCGCCCGUGGUUAAGAAGAAACCUCCGUUGGAUCCAGGCCCUAGGAAUAAUACUGUUGCUGGGGGCUGGGAUAGCUGGGAUGAUGACGUCAGAUCGGGGUCGGAGGUGAGGAGGAACCAGUCGGUGAGCGAUUUUAGGAGCGGAGGGGGAGGGGGUGGGGGACCGGCGAGGUCGAGGUCGAGUCAGGAUAUAUAUACGAAGGGGCAGCUGGAGGCAUCGGCGGCGAACAAGGAGAGCUUCUUCGCGAGGAAGAUGGUGGAGAACGAGUCGCGGCCGGAGGGGCUGCCGCCGUCGCAGGGUGGGAAGUACGUGGGGUUUGGAUCGAGUCUGAACCCGGUGGCGCCGAGGAAUGAUUCGCAAGGGGAUGUGCUCUCUGCCGUUAGUCAGGGAUUUGGUAGGCUAUCUAUGGUUGCUGCAUCUGCAGCGCAAUCUGCAGCCACUGUUGUUCAAGCUGGUACAAAGGAGAUUAGUUCCAAGGUCAAAGAGGGGGGUUACGACACCAAGGUGAAUGAAACGGUCACUGUUGUCACUGCAAAAACAACAGAGAUUGGGCAGAAGACAUGGGGGAUAAUGAAAGGUGUCAUGGCAUUGGCGUCACAGAAGGUGGAGGAGUUCUCUAAGGAAGGUACUGUCAGCUGGAAGGCCGACAACUGGCAACGAAACGAAAGCGAGGGCAAUGGAUACUAUCAGGAGUUUUCACAAGAGUCCAAAGGACCUAGUUCCGGUGGAGGGCAAUCCUCAUCCACUGCACAUUCUAGUAAUUUCAGUUCUUGGGAUGAUUGGGAUCAAAAGGACAACAAGAAAGAACAAACUACAAAGCCUGCAGCAGCUAGUAAUGGGGAUGGGUGGGCUGGUUGGGAUGAUGCUAAGGAUGAUGGAUUUGAUAACUUUUACCAAAGCGCAUCCAGUACGAAAACUGUUAGUCACAAUGGAAAACCAGAUUCCAACUGGACCGGAGGCGGCUUUCUCUGAGGUUAGUAUACUAUCACCAACUUUUCUUUGUUUCAUUUAUUUUGGCCGCUUAAUGGCCGAGAAUAGUUUACAUAUGUAUAAUUGUGAACAUUGUGGGUUAAGUGCACAACCCAAAAGGACUAGCGCUGCCUUUGUGUGUGAGGAACAUUGCUGCGACUUCUAAACUUAGGUCGCUUUACUGUAGUUUGUUUUGAAUUUUUUAUUGACUUCUGUGUACUGCACUUUGAUUUGAAAUUUGAAUCAUUAAGUGUUCUCUUAAA